CUCGAGCCGCCGAUCGCGUUCGACUACGGCUACAACACGACGUUCAAGGGCGAAUUCUACGCCAACACUGGCUGCGUGUUCCUCGACGGAGCGGCGAUCACGUUCGGCGAGCGCGUCGUCCUCGCACCGGGCGUCCACAUCUACUGUGGCACCCACUCGGUCGAUGUCGAGGAACGGCGAGCGGCCUACGACCGUGCGUACCCUGUCACGGUCGGCGACGACGUCUGGAUCGGCGGCGGCGCAAAGAUCCUCGGCGGCACGGUCAUUGGCGACGGUGCGCCCGCCUUUCUCUCAUCCUGUCCUGUCAAGGGCACCUUUCCGCCGCACAGCGUCAUCGCUGGCGUCCCAGCUCGCGUCAUCCGCACGCUCGACCCGCCG